AUGGCAGAAGGCAGAGGCAGCGACUGCUUCAGUAAACUGCUUGGUAGUAGGCAGCAGCAGCGCUCCAUCGCUGCCAAACCUAAAACUUUUGACACUGCUGCUGUUGCUCAUACUGAUUCAUCAUCAUCAGCUGAUGCUGAUGCUGCUUAUCCAAAGCAAUCUGAUUUCCCCCACCCCCACCACCACGACGCCGUCGAUUCCGAUGGGGUGCCCACUUCAGGAAUAAGCAGACCCCUUUCGGAAAUCUUGAAAGAGCUCAACAAGAAAGUACCAGAUUCUCUCAUCAGUGCCCGCACCGAACCCAAUGGCUUCUCCGUCAAAUACAUCCCCUGCUGGGAAGACAGGAUAAAUACUGGCUUCAUUUGCGGUACAUAUAUCAACCUGCGCAAACUUGAGUUGAACUCGAAAGUAGUCAUGGGUUCUUUUGAAUUUAUCUCUAUAUUCAUUAUGGUCCUACUUUUCCCAUCAUCUCAUCCCAAAGCCAAAGGUGUCGCUUCAGAUUCUGCUAGUGAGGCGGCUGGUCUUUUGAAAUGGAAGGCCAGUUUUCAAAACCAGAACAAUAGCUUGCUAGCCUCGUGGAACCUCCAUUCCAUCAACGGCAAGAAUUCUUCCAACCUUCCAUGCACUUGGGCUGGCAUUUCAUGCAUUAAUGGAAGUGUCAGCAAGUUGAAUCUCUCAGAGUACAGCAUAAAAGGUAGCCUUUAUGACUUCCCAUUUUCAACCCUCCCAAAUCUUGAAUAUCUUAAUCUUAGCCUGAAUCAGAUCUUUGGCAGCAUACCUCGUGAAAUAGGUAACCUGUCCAAGCUCAUUUAUCUUGAUUUCUCAGUUAAUGAGUUGUCAGAAGAAAUCCCACCUGAAAUUUGCAACUUGAGAAAUUUGACUCAUUUAGAUCUCUAUAGUAAUCAACUUUCAGGUCCAAUUCCAUCAGGAAUAGGAACUCUGCAUAAUUUGAUUAAACUUUUUCUGGAGGACAACAAUUUAACAGGUCCAAUUCCAUCCACUUUUGGCAACCUCACCAAGCUAGUGAAGUUAUAUCUUUUCCAAAAUCACCUAUAUGGUCCCAUUCCCCCGGCGAUGGGAUAUUUGAUCUCACUCCAGUUUCUUAUGUUGUAUCAAAAUAAUCUUACUGGUGCAAUCCCAAACUCACUGGGUAAUUUGACCAAUUUAACUCAUCUUCAGAACCAACUUAAUGGUUCUAUUCCUGUUUCAAUUGGUAAUUUGAGUAACUUAAAUGAAUUGCAUCUUCGAGAGAACCAAUUUUCUGGUACAAUUCCAGAAGAGCUUGGAAACCUGAAAAAGUUGGUAGUUUUGGAUUUGGAUCAAAAUCAGUUAUCUGGUCCAUUGCCGGAACUGCUAUGCCGAAAUGGAACCCUCCAAAACAUAACUGUAUCUGAGAACAAGCUUACAGGUCCAAUCCCUAGAAGCUUGAAAUAUUGCUCAAGCUUAAUUAAGGCCCGCUUCAAUGGGAACCAUUUCCAUGGUAACUUGUCAGAAAUGUUUGGCAUCUAUCCCUUCCUGUAUUUCAUAGAUCUCAGCAACAACGAAUUCCAUGGGGAACUCUCCAGCAGCUGGGGAAAAUGCAAAAGCUUGACAACCCUGAAGGUUGGAAAGAACAACAUCACAGGUGGUAUACCUCCAGAAAUUGGAACUUCAACUCAAUUACAAGCACUUGAUCUUUCUUCAAAUUAUUUAUCUGGGAAGAUACCAAGAGGAGUUGGGAAGUUGGCUUCUAUGCUUAAUCUAUAUUUGAAUGACAACCAACUCACUGGCAGCAUACCUCAGGAGUUGGGAAUGCUAACAAAACUUCUUUAUCUAGACCUGUCCACAAACUCCUUGAAUGGAUCUAUUCCAGAACAUUUGGGAGAUUUGAGGUACUUGUUUCACAUGAACUUGAGCAACAACAUAUUCACCCAAAAGAUUCCAUUCCAAAUUGGGAAGUUGACCCAACUUUCUGAACUGGAUUUGAGUCGAAAUUUCUUCACAGGAGAGAUACCAUCUGAGUUCCAAAGUUUGCAAAAUCUGGGAACAUUGGAUGAUCUCUCACACAAUAACCUCUCUGGUGUAAUCCCAAAGGCUUUAGUAAAAUUGCCUGGUUUAUUGCACAUUAAUAUUUCAUUCAAUAAUUUAGAGGGUCCAAUUCCGAGUGGUAGAGCCUUUAUGAAUUUAACCAAAGAGGAAGUACAGGGAAAUAAAGGUCUAUGCGGCAAUAUUACAGGGUUACUAGCUUGUGGAAGUUACCCGUUGAUUAAAACGCAUGUCAAGGAUAAGCAGAAGAAACUUCUUAUUGCAUGA